CUCGCACAUCUCACAUGAAAUUGUAAAAUUUCGCAGGCGACGGGAACUUCGAGCUGAUCGCAGGAAGCGCGGAGGCCGCAACGGGCAACGCGACCGCCAUCCUCGUGAGCAUCAGCGCCAUGGACGCGAGCAUCGUCCAGAAGACGACCUAUAGCUGCAAGAUCAACGAGGGCGUCUACUUCGUCCAGAAGCGAUACUUCCAUCCCAGCGAGUCCCUGACGAGCUACCUGCAGCUGAGGGGCGCGCUGCUGAACGGCGAGCACGUGACGUCGGUGGGGUACGGCGAACGAUGCAGCAAUCCCUUCCCCGGGUACCGGAUCGCCCAGGGCGGCUCCUUUCACCUUCAAUUCUACGUCAAUCUCGGCAAGUUCCACGAUGCGGACGAAGAGUACAUCCUCCUGGAAUACAGCAGCCUCGCCCUGUUUCCCGAAGACUCGCUCAACUUCCUCAGCAUCCAGAUGAAGGUGAGGCAGAACGGGCGAGUGGAGAUCGUGAACAGCGCCUACGACAUCCUCACGUGGGAGAACGAGUAUCCCUUCGCGGAUCCGCUGCAGUGCGACAUCGACGUGUCCGUCGGGUUCUACCGGGUUCCGGGGGAGCAGUACAACCAAUACACGACUUUCUUCGAGAUCGAGGAGGCUCUGCUCAGCGGACAGGAGCUUCAGGCUGCAGUUCUGCGGGGCGGAUGCAGCGAGACUGUUCUCAAGGGAAAGGCACCGCGGGAGGAAUGGAGCGGGACGGGCGUGAGGCUCCUUGAUUGGGUGCAGUUCGCCGACGAGUUGGGUCAUUCCAUCUUCUUCGCCCAGACGCUCGCUGCUUCGGAGGAUGGGGCGAACUUGCAGGAGUAUUGGCUGAGGGAUACGGGGGCGCUGGAGAUGACGGUCACGAAUUUCAAUCCGGCGACCGGGGACGUGACGUCGCAGGUGGUUUACACGUGUCCGCUCACGUCGGGGCUCCUCAUGUCGUCUCCCGCACGGCAAAGUUCCCCCCUGAGCUCGUACUACUCGGUGUACGCUGCGAUGCUGACGGGGCUGCACUUGGAAGCCCGGGUCGACUUCCGGCUGUGUGAAGACCCGACCGGCUCUGGCCAGGACUUCUCCGGCAUCACCAGCGGGGCCUACCUCCGGGAGUUAUACUUCGCCAACCCCGAAACCCCCGAGUCGGUGAUCGCGAGCGCAUCCUACACCAUGGUCUCCGACUUGACUGACGGGAACGGCUUCGCAUACCAGUCGAUGGUGAUCCUCUUCGAUCCGACGGAUCUGGUCAUCGUCCUCCCGGCUUACUGGACGACCGUCGACGGCGUCUGGACGAACAUCCUCGGCGCGGAAUUCUACUUGGAAUGUAACCUCGGGGAGGGGGUCGUGGUU